AUGACUGAGAAUUACAUUAAUGGAGGUUCCCCUCCUGAACCUUUCAUUAUUGAGGGUUCCAUUACUGAGUGUUCCAUAAUUGGAGGUCCCCUUCCUGAGUCUUCUUUUAUUGGGUGUUUCAUUAUUAGAGGAUCCCUUCCUGAGUCUUCCAUUAUUGAGGGUGUUUCAUUAUUGGGGGUUCUCUUGCUGAGCCUUCCAUUAUUGAGCUUCUCAUUACUGAGUGUCCCAUUAUUGGAGGUUGCCCUCCUGACCCUUCCAUUAUUGAGGGUUCCAUAACUGAGAGUUCCAAUAAUGGAGGUUGCCCUCCUGACCCUUCCAUUAUUGAGGGUUCCAUUAAUGAGUGUUCCAUUAAUGGAGGUUCCCAUGCUAACUCUUCCAUUACUAAGUGUUUUAUUAAUGAAGGUUCCCUUGCUAACCCUUGUAUUAUUGAGGGUUCCAUUACUGAGUGUUCCAUUAAUGGAGAUUCCCUUACUAACCCUUCCAUUAUUGAGGGUUCCAUUACUGAGUGUUCUAUUAAUGGAGGCUUCCUUGCCAACCCUACCAUUAUUGAGGGUUCCAUUACUGAGUGUUCCAUUAAUGGAGGCUUCCUUGCUAACCCUAACAUUAUUGAGGGCUCCAUUACUGAGUGUUCCAUUAAUGGAGGUUCUCUUGCUAACCCUUCCAUUAUUGAGGGUUCCAUUACUGAGUGUUCCAUUAAUGGAGGCUUCCUUGCUAACCCUAACAUUAUUGAGGGCUCCAUUACUGAGUGUUCCAUUAAUGGAGGUUCUCUUGCUAACCCUUCCAUUAUUGAGGGUUCCAUUACUGAGUGUUCCAUUAAUGGAGGCUUCCUUGCUAACCCUAACAUUAUUGAGGGCUCCAUUACUGAGUGUUCCAUUAAUGGAGGUUCUCUUGCUAACCCUUCCAUUAUUGAGGGUUCCAUUACUGAGUGUUCCAUUAAUGGAGGCUUCCUUGCUAACCCUAACAUUAUUGAGGGCUCCAUUACUGAGUGUUCCAUUAAUGGAGGUUCUCUUGCUAACCCUACCAUUAUUGAGGGUUCCAUUACUGAGUGUUCCAUUAAUGGAGGCUUCCUUGCUAACCUUAACAUUAUUGAGGGCUCCAUUACUGAGUGUUCCAUUAAUGGAGGUUCUCUUACUAUCCCUUCCAUUAUUGAGGGUUCCAUUGCUGAGUGUUCUAUUAAUGGAGGUACCCUUGCUACCCCUCCAUUAUUGAGGGUUCCAUUACUGAGUUUUCCAUUAAUGGAGGUUCCCUUGCUACCUUUCCAUUAUUGA